CCUGGUUCAGUUCUGUAAAUGUUUCAGAUCCAAACAAGAACAAACUGAAGCUGAAGCUGAAGAUCGGACGAAACAAAAACCCUCCCCGAGCCUCUGUAGACCCUCCUCUGGCUCCUGGUCCAGACCCGGGUCCGGACUCAGGUCUGGACCCGGGUCUGGACCCGGUCUGGACCCGGGUCUUGGUCUCAGGUCUCUGGGUCGGGCGUUGGUCCUCAGGGAGCAGAAGAUGAUGGAGUCUGGACUUUCAGAGCAGGACCAGGACCAGCUCCACACGGACCUGGAGAAACUCUGGGUCCAAAUCAGGAUCCAAGUCCACAAGAUCUUCUCUGAGGACUUCAGCCCAGACUCGCUCCGUGAGGCUCUGGUCUGUGUUCUGGACCAGGAGGACUUGGACCGGGCCUGGUUGGACUUUCCUCCAGACCUGGUCCCGGUUUGGAGACCGAGUCGGACUUUACAGAACCACGACAAACUCCUGGAGCAGAUGGUCCGGUCCAGACUCAAACCCAAGACCCGAGACCCAGAACCGGACCAGGACCAGACCUCACGGACCUCCACCGUCAAACAGGAGGUGCUCAGACUCGCUCAGGUUCUCCUCGGAGACCUCCUGCUCCUGUCUCGUUCCGUGGUCCGGGCGUAUCCGGGUCACAUGGACAUCCUGAACCGCUUCCUGAAGCUUUACCACAACAGCCUCAGACUCCGCCUCCAGGAGCUCGCCGACGCCUCAUCGGACGACGACCGCGCCUACCUGCUGCUCUGGACCAAUCACAGCUACCGACGGGAGAUUCUUCUUCAUCCUGAACUCAAAGACCGGAUCAGGACCUCAGACCUCGGACCUUUACUGAGUCCCGUGGUCCUCAAGAAGAUCCAAGACCAGCACCAGGAGUCCACCCAGGGUCGGGUGCGUCAGUGGUUGGGGAACAUUCUUCUGAAGGAGGAGGAGUCCUGGAGGUCGGGCUCUGGGUCUGAGGAGAUCGAUGGGUUCUGCUUCAGUCCUGUGGCUCUGGAGGUCAUCCAGGUGAUCGACGGAGCCCUGCAGGAGCUGAAGUGUGUGAGACCGGACCAGGGACCGGACCAGGGACCGGACCAGGGACCGGACCAGGGACCGGACCAGGGACCGGACCAGGGACCGGACCAGAGUGAGACCCAGAUCUGGUUGGAGGUCCCAGUUUUCCUCAGCAGAUACACACGUUCUCUGGAGGAGUUCCUGAAGGAGAACCGGAGGAACCGAGCAUCUAUUGUGAAAGCUCAACUCGUCUGUGAGGAACAACUCAGGUCUCUGGUUCAGACUCGUGUCGUGGACGUUGCUCUGAGGCGCAGGUGUCUGGAGUCGCUCUCUGCCCUGAGGGAUUGUGGGUACUGUAGUCUGACCGGCACCGUCCAAUCACAGCUCAAGCCGCUCCUGUCCGGACUCUGGACUCCGGCCUGGGUCUGUGGGACUCUCCCAGUCCUGGACUCACUCCUGGACUUUCUGAUUCCUGAACUGGACCAACUGCAGGACCUCAAGCCCACCUGUCGCCAGGCGGUGCUGACUCGCCUGCACCAGGAGGUGGCGCUGCGUUUUGUGAAAAAUCUGCUGAAGUCGAGGAGGCGGAGUCAGGAGGAGCAGGAGGGCGGGGCCAGACAGAUGAAGGCCGACGCCCACAACCUGCACAACUUUUUCACAGCUCAGGGCGGGGCUUGUGACAGGACCACCCAGAUCCUGGUCCAGGUCUCUGAAGUCCUCAGGCUCCAGGAUCCAGACCUGAUCCAACUCGAACUGGUCUCUCUGGUCCGGACCUGCCCCGAUCUGAGCGCCGCGCACGUCUCCAGACUCCUCUUCGUGAAAAGCGGCCAAUCAGCUGCCUCGAUUCGUCAGAUCAAACGCGGCGUGGAGGAGACCCGCCCCUCGCCGCAGGGAUCGACCAAUCAGAGCGCGGCGUUCUUCUCCAGGAUCAAAGUGAAGUGGUUCGACGACAAAAUGGCCGCCGCCCUCACGGAGCUGAAGCCCAAACGGAACUGAAAUACAAACGGAACUGAAGCCCAAACGGAGCUGAAGCGCAAACGGAGCUGAAGCCCAAACGGAGCUGAAGCCCAAACGGAACUGAAGCGCAAACGGAACUGAAACGCAAACGGAACUGAAGCACAAACGGAACUGAAGCCCAAACGGAACUGAAGCAAACGGAACUGAAACACAAACGGAGCUGAAGCCCAAACGGAGCUGAAGCCCAAACGGAGCUGAAGCCCAAACGGAACUGAAGCGCAAACGGAACUGAAGCCCAAACGGAGCUGAAGCGCAAACGGAACUGAAAUACAAACGGAACUGAAGCGCAGCUAAAACGUCACCAUGUCGUGCCGUUUUUUUUGCCGUUUUUCAGAGUUUUUCGACUGGAUAUUUGAUCCUUUUUUCUUUAUAAAAACUGAAAA